GUCCUGCAGAGAUUUUGCAAUCUUUCUUGAUGUGUAAGGAAGUACCAAGAUACCAUGCAUGCUACCCAGACAUUAGGAGCUAUCAAGAGGCAUUUAUUUGCUUUUUACUCCUGGAGAUGUGGUCAAACGUUUCAAGCUCUGUGGCUAAAGAUUGUGAUAGGACAUGGAGGCAGAACUCUAGGGAGAACGAAAUCUCACAGGACAUCGUUGAAGUGCAAUAUGAAGCAGCUGAUAUUCAGACAGAACCUCAUGACCUGAGUGUUGAGGAUCUAGUCCUCGUUGACAUGGCAACAGAUACUGCUUCAGAGAAACAGUUCAAUUUUGGACUAGUCCGUGAGAUUGGAUUGUCAGAUAGGACCAUAUGCCUAGCCCUUCACAAGAGCAUAAUUGUACCCAGCUCAACAAGACUGAAGGUUGUAACAUCACUCAGUCAUUACCUGAAUCAGAUUAGGGCGUUGCUGUCUAUUAACAGCCAUCCUCUCGCAAAGCACAUCAUAAAUCCAGAGGACUCCCCCGUGUUUGCAAAGGACACACAGAUAUGCACUGAACGAAGCGUUUCUGACGAUGAGUUGCUAAACUCCUACAUGGAAUCCAUUACAAGUCACGCAUCCCGAUCAGAAGUGAUUCGACUAAUGGAUGGGGCAGCGGGAACGGGAAAAACUGGAUUCUUGUGUCGACUCAUUCAACGGAUCACAAGAGUACAUAAGGAGGUUCCUAAGACUUUCAAAAACCCUUACAAACUGCUGGUCUGUGCCCCAACCAAUCAGUCAUUAGAUGUCUUGCUGAGGAAGAUAUGGGAUGCUCUGAUGAAGAAGAUGGAUAAUGCACCGACAGGCAGUAGAAGAGAUGCGAUGAAACACAUCGUAGAUGGCGUAAAAAUCAUACGUGUUGAUAAAGCUGAGGAAGCCGAUCGUCGUCUCACACAGUUUCUUCUCUCCACUGUAAUGGCGAGUAAGAGAAAUCAAGGAUCACCCUAUGACCAGCUGUCUGAAGAUGACCUUCAAACCAAAAUACUUCAAGAAGCUGAUAUUGUGGGGUGCACGCUUGAAGAUUGUGGAUUAGAGAUCGUAAGAAGCAGCUUGGCAGGAAAUGUGUUUGCACUCUUUGUGGAUGAUGCCAGCCAUUGUUUGGAAACUGAAAUUCUCCUUGCGCUGCAGUGUAAAACUAAGCGUGUUUUCUUGGCAGGCGAUCAAGAACAGGGCAUUGUUAGCAUUCGCUCAAAGGGGGCCCAAGAUCUUGAAUUCGGUCAUUCCAUGCUAGACAGGCUGGCUGAGAAUUUUGAGAUAGAGGACAGACGUAUCCACAGAUGGGAGGUUCAAUACCGCAUGAAGGAAGAAAUCGCAAAAUAUCCAUCCUCUGUUAUGUACUUACACAGACUCAAGACUCGGGUUAAUCACCCGCCCUUCCUUCUUCAUCCAUAUAUCAUCUUUGACGUGGCUGAUGGAAAAGAAAUUUUACACAGAGAUUCAGUUGUCAACACCUCUGAGGUUUCAUUCAUCGAGGUCCUGGUUUCAGGCUUCCUUAAACUAAGAGAACGCUUCACUGUAGGCAUAAUUGCCCCCUCUGAAGGACAAAAGGGAAAACUUCUAGAAAGAUUGCAAGGGAAGAACAUUCCUGGCCUGGUUAUUGGAACCCCUAAAAAUUUCUACGGCUUGGAGAAAGAUGUUAUCAUUCUGUGUUGCACCAGCACCUCCAGGACACCUAAUGAGAAUGGAUUCGUGAUGAAUAAACAGGUCUUAAAUCUAGCUUUGACUCGAUCAAAGUAUAGCCUCAUCAUCGUUGGCAACAUGAGGAGUUUACAGAAGAUGAGCAGCAACUGGAAAUUCUUGGUACAUGAUGCUACCGGUAGACAGUUGGUCUUCAGGACUUCACAAGCUUCCUACAGUCAAGAUGCCAAGAACUGUCACAAGGAAACAAUACCUUCUAGUAGCCGACCAGAGAUGCCUCUGAGAACUGUGUCCGAAGGAAGGCCUCCUCCUGGACAACAGCAGAGAGGGGUACAAGAUGGAAAUUCUAGGAGAAGUGAGGACAGUUACCGCCACAGACACAACCCAUGGCCGCAAGAUAAUCCUGCACAUGGCAGUGGUCGGGAUCCGAUGGAGGCAGAUGCUGUGAUGCCUGCAGGGGCCAACUAUUUACCUCCAGGAGUGGACCCAGGUAGCAGAUCAUCUCAGGCACUUAAUGAUGAAGGUAACGCCCCCAUUUUCGUAGAAGAACAGCACGUGCCUUAUGCUCCAAGAAAUAUCUCACAGAGUCAAAAAGAGUCAACUUCGAGCAAUGGGGUGGAGGAGAACAGAACUUCAAGACAUAAACAUGUAUCUGGCGAUGCUGGAAUAGAUAACAGGGGCAAGAGGCGAGUGCACUUUGAUACAGGGACAGAGGAUCAUGGAAGAGCAGCAAAGGUCCCAAGGUCAAGCAACUACAACCAAGGUGCGUCCUCUAGCGUGAAGUCAUUUGGUAGACGUAGACAUUCUUUUCCGUCAUCAAGAGACUCUGCUCAACCUCGAAGCAUACUGAAGAAGCCUGACGGAAACGUAGCAUCAACAAGUCAUCACAACCUAAGGAGCCACAGUCCAUCAAUUGCAAGUACAGCCCCAGGCAUAUCUGUCAGCAGCAGUAGUACCCCGAUUCCUCAAAGACAGAGGAGGAAUAGCUCGGGUCUUGAUGCCAGCCUUGACACAGAGGAUGGGAAGAGUUUACGUGAAAUUGCUACAGGAAUGAGGGCCAAUGAGAGGCUUCCCAGGCAGCAGAAGGGUCAAGUUAUAGCAGGUCAUACUGUUGGCAAGCGAAAACCCCAGAGUUCAAAGAGAACGGAAACCAUUGAGCAUAGUGGGAGAGAAAGGAGACCAUCUGGUGAAGCCACCAGUGCUGGAACUUCUCAACGUCGGAACAGUUCAAAUGGAAAUGAAGCGGGACAAAAUCAGAGCCGUGACCAUCAGCAGCAGGAAGGUGGGUCAGAUCAGCGACCUCGACGUCAAAGCUGUCAACAACAAGUGAGUCCAGACAGACAGGAUCAUGGAAGGAGUGUAAGGAGAUCAUCUGGUGAAGUCACUGGUGCUCGAACUUCUCUACGUCAGAAUGGUUCAAAUGGAAAUGAAAUUAGACAAAAUCAGGGCCGUGGCCCUGCGUUGCAAAACAGUUCAGAUCAAAGACCUCAACGUCAGUGCCGUCAACCACAACCUUAUAUAGGAAUACAGGUUCUGCGUAGGGCUUCCUUGAACCAACUUGCCUACAACCCAGUACAGCAUGAUCGAAACAUGCUCCAUAACAGGAUAGUUAAUGAGGCAUAUGGGGGUCGUUCUACUGCCCUGACUGAGCCUCGGCCAAAUUUGAGGAGGGGGAAACGCUAAUAAUAAUACAGGGUAUUAACAUUUAUAAAGUUCCAUUUAUCCAUUGUACGAAAUGCUCUAUGCACUGGUCAUUCAUGUACAUAAAAAACAUUGUUAAAUGAUUGAAAUUGUGUGUGUGUAAUUGGGGUUUUACAGAUGUGUAUCAAUCAGAUAUGAUUAUUUACAUCUGUGGACCAACCUUUAACGUUACAGUCCGAAAGACGGGACUCAGUUUCUAACCUGCGUCCUCGGCUGAAUCAGUUUUGUCACUUCCAUUGUUAGCUGGAUUACAGGCGCAUGCCCCAACGCCCCGUUGUUUUGAACAACUUAUGUUUUAAUAGGCAAGAUUUCAAAGGGUUAACAGAUGAUACAUGUACUGUACAUGUAUGUUUUCCGUUCAAAACGUUUGAUUCAGCAAGUACUAAUGACCAAUCCCUGUGGGUUUCUAUAGUAUUUGGUACUUGUACAAGAAGUAGAGAAGAGUUAGAAGACCUUGGCAGUCUGGGAGGAUGGUGGAAAAUGAACAAAGUAGAAUUGUACUUGAAAGGGACUGAACUGGUGAACUUGCACAGCAUCAUCUCAUGGCCAACUUGUGAACAGGUUGUAACCCACUGUGCAGUGUCUGGUGCAGCAGCACGGUAUCCCUUUAAAUUUGUUGACUAUAUAUGUUAACAACAAAUUCACAAAACUUGCUGAUUUAAACGGCUAUAAAAUGGCGCUAUAAAUCAGGAGAUUUUCAACGACAGAAUAGCAAUCUAUUGGUAUCCUUGAAAAGUGUCAAAUGCAUCAGUUGUCCAAAAGGUCGAGAAAAUAGUGAGAGCUAGCUAGUCAGUAGAAUCCUUAUUCGGGUCACUGUAAUUCCUACCAAUUUCAGAUACUGUGUGGUUUCAUUCUUAGAAUUCUUAUGCCAGCUUGCCUGUAUUCCUGUCAUUCACUUUUAAUGGAGGUUAUUCCUUUAGGUAUGGGUAUUACACAAGCCUUUCCAUAAGUCAAAGCAGACCAGGAGCCAAAUAUCUCAAAGUCCAGGACCAGGACCCAUUUCCAAAAUUAGUGAAAAUAUAUAAUCUUCUAGAUUGUCAACAGUUAUCUUUUAUUUAUUCAUUAGUCUGUCAGCACACUAUAAAGUACACACUGCACAGCAGUGGUAGCAGUUUGAGAUGUAUAAACAAACCACAGACAGAGACAAAAACAACAUGCAAAACUAAAGUGCAUGAAAUGAAUUAUGUGGGAUAUGUAUACAAUCACAAAAGGAUUUUAGGGUUCUCAUUGUAUUCUUAAGUAAGUUUUUUUGUCAGAUUUGUGAACAUAAUAGUGCCUGCCAUGUGAAAGUUUCUGAAACAGGAAAUGUUAAUUCUCCCAGACAGGGCUAAAAAAAAA